GCCUCUUUUUCCUCGGAGCGGAAGCUCGACUGUUGUUUAUCCGGCUCUGCAUCGUCUCGUCGUGUGAGCAACGAUGGCUAGCACUGGUGCAAAACAAGCGCCUAAAAUUGUCUCCAAAAUUUCUGCGGGAGGCACCGGGGCGGCGGGGGCUAGUGGUGGGCCCCCGAUAAUGCCCCUCGCCUCUCCGCUCAUGGGGAAAAAGAAAAAGCCGUUUCUAGGGAUGCCUGCUCCGCUCGGUUACGUUCCCGGUCUCGGCAGAGGUGCCACCGGUUUCACCACCCGAUCUGAUAUCGGUCCUGCUCGUGAUGCCAAUGAUCCAGUGGAUGACCGGCAUGCACCCCCUGGAAAGAGGACGGUCGGGGACCAAAUGAAAAAGAACCAGGAUGAUGAUGAUGAAGAUCUGAAUGACACCAACUAUGAUGAGUUUAAUGGUUAUGCAGGUAGCUUGUUCUCAAGUGGGCCCUAUGAGAAAGAUGAUGAGGAAGCCGAUGCUAUAUAUGCAGCGCUGGACAAGAGGAUGGAUGAAAGACGCAAAGAAAGAAGGGAGCUGAGAGAAAAGGAGGAAAUUGAGAAAUACCGUAUGGAGCGACCAAAGAUUCAGCAGCAGUUCUCAGAUUUAAAGAGGAAGCUUGCAGAGGUGUCAGAGGAGGAAUGGCUGAGCAUUCCUGAAGUGGGAGAUGCCAGAAACAAGCGCCAGAGGAAUCCCCGCUAUGAGAAGCUCACCCCUGUCCCCGACAGCUUCUUCUCCAAACACUUGCAGAGUGGAGAGAACCACACCUCUGUUGACCCGUUGCAAGGGCUGGGAGGUCUGAACACACCUUAUCCAGGAAGCAUGACACCUGGUCUGAUGACACCAGGGACCGGAGAACUGGAUAUGAGGAAAAUUGGUCAGGCCAGAAACACACUCAUGGAUAUGAGGCUCAGUCAGAGUGAGGAUGUGUGGCUGGAGGCUGCCAGGCUCCAGCCUGGUGACACAGCCAAAGCGGUGGUAGCCCAGGCUGUCCGUCACCUUCCACAGUCUGUGCGCAUCUAUAUCCGAGCUGCAGAGCUGGAGACAGACGUCAGGGCUAAGAAACGAGUCCUCAGAAAGGCGCUGGAAAAUGUAUCCAAGUCAGUUCGACUGUGGAAGACAGCUGUUGAACUGGAGGAACCAGAGGAUGCCAGGAUCAUGCUCAGCAGAGCUGUGGAGUGUUGCCCUACAAGUGUGGAGCUCUGGCUGGCACUGGCCCGGUUAGAGACGUAUGAGAACGCUCGUCGUGUCCUGAACAAAGCUCGAGAGAAUAUCCCCACUGAUCGCCACAUCUGGAUCACUGCUGCGAAGCUGGAGGAGGCCAAUGGGAACACUCAGAUGGUCGAAAAGAUCAUUGACCGAGCCAUCACUUCUCUGCGUGCCAAUGGUGUGGAGAUCAACAGAGAACAGUGGAUACAGGACGCAGAGGAGUGUGACAAAGCAAGUAGUGUGGCUACCUGCCAGGCUGUGAUAAGGGCUGUGAUAGGGAUUGGAAUUGAGGAGGAGGACCGCAAACACACCUGGAUGGAAGAUGCCGAGAGUUGUGUGGCCCAUGGGGCGCUGGAGUGUGCCAGGGCCAUCUAUGCCCAUGCUCUCCAAGUAUUCCCAAGUAAAAAAAGUGUCUGGCUUAGAGCUGCCUACUUUGAGAAGAACCAUGGCACCAGAGAGUCCUUGGAGGCUUUACUUCAGAGGGCUGUGGCUCACUGCCCCAAAGCAGAGGUAUUGUGGCUAAUGGGUGCCAAGUCCAAGUGGCUUGCUGAGGAUGUGCCAGCAGCCAGAAGCAUCCUUGCUCUGGCCUUCCAGGCUAACCCAAACAGUGAAGAGAUCUGGCUUGCUGCUGUCAAACUGGAGUCGGAGAAUAAUGAGUAUGAAAGAGCCCGUCGACUGCUAGCCAAGGCCCGCAGCAGUGCACCAACAGCCAGGGUGUUUAUGAAGUCAGUGAAAUUGGAGUGGGUGUUGGGAAACAUAGAAGCUGCCCAGGAGUUGUGCACUGAGGCCCUGAAGCACUACGAGGACUUCCCUAAGCUUUGGAUGAUGCGAGGCCAAAUCGAGGAGCAAUGUGAAAAUAUGGAUAAAGCUAGAGAGGCCUAUAACCAAGGGUUAAAGAAGUGUCCCCACUCUGUGCCACUGUGGUUGUUGCUGUCACAUUUGGAAGAGAGAGUGGGACAGCUGACCAGAGCCAGAGCAAUCCUCGAGAAGGCGCGGCUCAAGAAUCCCCAGACCGCUGAGCUGUGGCUGGAGUCAGUCAGAUUGGAGUACAGGGCUGGACUGAAGAACAUUGCCAACACGCUGAUGGCCAAAGCCCUGCAGGAGUGCCCAAAUUCAGGUAACCUGUGGGCUGAGGCAGUGUUUUUGGAGGCCAGGCCCCAGAGGAAGACAAAGAGUGUGGAUGCUUUGAAGAAGUGUGAACAUGAUCCACACGUCUUGCUCGCUGUAGCCAAGUUGUUCUGGAGUGAGCGUAAGAUCACCAAGUCUAGAGAGUGGUUCCUCAGGACCGUAAAGAUUGAGCCAGAUCUGGGGGAUGCUUGGGCUUUCUUCUACAAGUUUGAGCUGCAGCAUGGCACAGAGGAGCAGCAAGAAGAGGUGCGAAAACGCUGUGAGAAUGCAGAGCCCCGUCAUGGAGAGCUGUGGUGUGCCGAGUCCAAACAUGUACUAAACUGGCAGAAGAAGACAGGAGAGAUCUUAGCACAGGUAGCCAGCAAGAUCAAGAACACAUUCUGAGAGUGGGGAAAUUUGGACUGAAAACACCUGGAGGACUCUGGCAGUCACCAGUAUAGAAGUGAGCAGCUAUUGACAUGCUUAUUCUGUACCAGGACUUGCCCAUCUCUGGCAGAUUUAAAGUAUUUACACACGCCCUUACAUUUUUUUGUUGUUGUAUGUGUCAGGAGAAAGUAAUGAUUUGACGUCAAAGUGACGGAAUCUGUGGAUGUUUUUUUAAAAAAUAAUAAAUAAAUCAAAGUGACUGAUGGUUACCCUCCUCAUCCUGAUAUGCAGUAAGGAGAUCUUUGGCUGCGAUGUGAGGUUUUUGUGGAUACGUUUUUGAUCUGUCUGUGUGUAUGGGGUUUCAAGGUGUGGCCUCAGCUAUCGUUGUGAUUUGGCUUCUUUGUUAAAAUCCUUGUCUUAUACUCUCCUAAAAGUGCUAGAAGAGUACCCUUAGGUGUCCUCUCGGAUUUCACAGCAUUUUUCUGUUAUUAUUUAAACCUCCUGAGUCAUGCUCUGCUUGAUGUUGAAGAUCAGAGGUGGUGUGUUUUGUUUUGUUUUGUUAAAACAUUGAAUUUUGUUUUGCUUCAGGUCCCACACGCCUUCUGGCAAAUAAUACAUUGUUUUCCCUUUGCAACUCUGCUGUGAAGAUGCAACCGAUGAAUCAUCUAGUAAGCAGCUGUCGCAUGUGCAUUGAAUAAUUAAAGAGAAAAACACCCAUUCUAGUGAUUCAUUCAUUCAUUUUUAAAUCCACCUUUUUAGAAUAUUACUGAGUAUAAAAGCUUACUUUCAGGUUUAUUAAAUAAAUGAUUAUGUCAUAGUAAAUCUGCCGUUCUCUUCUCUUUGGUUUAGAGUCAUGCAGAGUGUCUCCCAUCUUUUUUAUCCAAUAAUCCCUGCUGUUAUUUUAUAGUUCUGCCGUGUUGGAUCAUUCAGCAUCCUCUAAAUUUUAAUAUACAUUACCACAGAAUUCUUCCAAAGGUCUGCCUAGUUCAGCUAACAACCUGACUAACUUUACCGAUAUCGAUCAAAUAUCACAGUCUGCACUCCCAUUGGUCAGUGUUGGUAUUCUGCUUGUUUGGCAGAAGAAGGGCAACAAAAGAUAAACAGGGCAGGCUAUAAUAGCUUUGUGGAGUUGGAGUUGGGUAACAUUCAGCUCUGUGUACAAGUAGGAAGAUGGCAGUUUUUUGUUACUGAAAAUGUAACAAAAGCUACAGUUAUAUAAUCAAUAUGGACUUAAAGGACAGACUUAUAAGCUUUAAUUCAAGGGGUGUCCAAUACCACUGAUGAGUUAGAGCUGGUCCAGUGUUUUUACAGUGUUCUGUUUUUAUUUAUUAUUUUGUUUUGUGAGCUGCUUCUAUUUUUUUUUCUUCACAAGUUAAUGCGGUAAAAGGUUGUGAAAUGUUUCCAAGUGACGUGUUUGGAAAGCAGCUGUGAACCACAACGUGCCAUCAAAAGAGCUCUUAAGUACAAGUGUAACAGACCAAAUAUCAGCUGCAAAACAAGAAAAAACAGCUCCUUCAGCGUGAUAGCGAGUGCAUUAGAGAGGCCAAAUCAUUUAGACAGGAAAAAAAAACAAACCAAGGCACUUUGCAACAUAACAAAGUCCACAUUUCCAUGGAUGACAACACCGGUGGAUGAUCCUGGGAUCCUUUCCAUUGUAAAUGGAGCCUGACUGAUAUUUAGGACGAUACUGAUAU